UACAUACAUGCUCACUCACCAUCACCAGCCUCUCUCUCUCUCUCUCUGGACUGGGUAAAAUUUGAAGUGAGAGAAACAAAAAAAGAAAAAAAAAUCACCAGAUUCGGCACAGAUAGAAUAGAGCAUUUGCUUUUCUUGUAUCCUAAUGGAAAAAAAACCCAUUCUUACUUCUUGUUAUCCAACAGCUCAUUUCCAAAAACUUCUUAUGCUUCUUGUCAUCUUUAUAGUUUCUUCUUCUUCUUCUUCUUCUUCUUCUUCUUCCAACCUCUCAUUCGACUUCUAUGCAGCUUCAUGCCCACCUGCCGAACUCAUUGUUAGAAACACUGUCAGAUCAGCUUCUUCUGACGAUCCUUCACUUCCCGGAAAGCUCCUUCGCUUGCUCUUCCAUGACUGCUUUGUUGAGGGUUGUGAUGCAUCUGUGCUUUUAGAAGGAAAUAAAACAGAGAGAACCGAUCCAGCAAACACAUCUCUCGGAGGAUUCUCAGUAAUAAACUCAGCAAAAAGAGUGCUUGAAAUAUUUUGCCCAGAAACAGUUUCUUGUGCUGAUAUUGUUGCUUUGGCUGCUCGAGAUGCUGUAGAAAUUACUGGCGGACCGGCGAUUCAGAUUCCAACAGGGAGGAGAGAUGGGAGGGUUUCAGCAGCUUCAAAUGUGAGGCCAAACAUAGUAGACACAAGUUUUUCACUGGAUGAGAUGAUUAAGCUCUUCUCCUCCAAAGGGUUGUCUUUGGAUGACCUCGUUACCCUUUCAGGAGCUCACACCAUAGGAUCAGCACACUGCAGUGCAUUCAGUGACCGAUUCCAAGUCGAUCCAAAGGGCAAUCUCACACUCAUCGACUCAUCUCUAGACAAAAAUUAUGCAUUGGAACUAACCAAACAGUGUCCAGCAGGAGCAAGCGCAUCCAUUACUGUCAACAAUGACCCUGGAACUCCCCUCCUAUUCGACAACCAAUACUACAAGGAACUCCUAGCCCACAAGGGGCUUUUCCAAUCAGACUCAGUUCUGCUUAAUGACAAAAGAACGAUGAAUAGAGUUGUCGAGUUUGCAAAUAAGCAGGCUAGUUUUUUUGAUAGUUGGGGCGGGGCAUUCUUGAAGCUUACUAGCGUUGGCGUGAAGACAGGUGAUGAAGGGGAGGUCAGACAGUUGUGUUCUAUGACUAAUAGCAAUGGGUGAAGAAAUGGGGAAGAAAACUGCAAAAGAGAACUGCUUGGAUGGCUGGAAAAUCUUGUAGAAAGUCAACAUAAGUAUUGUCAUUGGGCACAUAUAUAUAUUCUAAUUUUCAUUUCCACUUGUAUUUAGAUCUUGAAUUUGUGAAGGAAUUAAGGAAAAAAAAAAAGAAAAGUAUUAUGCUUAGUCAAUUUUCUAGGGGAAGUCUUAGUGCACGACAUUUUUAUUACUAUAGAGUUUGGAGAAAA